GCCGGACCGCCGCGCGCUCAGACGCACACGAGCCAGUUGUCGUUGGAGCAGCGCGAGCGCGGCAGCACUUCAUUAUCCUGAGCACGAGCUCGGAGGGGGGAAACACAUUCACCUGUGCGGGAGGGACGCGCUCACCAGGAUUUUUUUUUUCUUUCAUUAAUCUGAGCAGACUCCCACCUGAAAGGCGCAGCGAGUGGACACUUAAAACAAGAGUCUCUGUCUGUCGGACCCCACCGCUGUCCAGCAGGCGGACAAGUUUUUAUUUUAAUUUUUUUAUUUUCAUUUUUUAUUUAUUUUUGCCUUGACUGAGUGAGAUCUUACAACCUGUGUCUGAAGGUGCUGUUUACAUUUCUUCGAGAGAGACUGUGAGUGCCUGGUUUCUUCUUUUUAUAUAAAGGACCGUAAUCGACCAUGGCGGUACAUGACGCCCGAAACUGGCCCGACUGCACAAAAAUGAUCGGACUGCUCCUCAUGGUUGCGUCGAUACUUACACAACAAGGAACUUCAGGUCAGCGGGUGAAGACGGAGCCAGAGGUGUUGUCGUAUCCUGGCCAGACAGUCAACCUGCGCUGUGCCUUCACCGAUGUCAGUGGGACGCAGCUUACAAUGGUCACGUGGAUUUAUGAGCCGAAGGACGGGGACAGGGUGAACAUAGCCGUGCUUCAUCCAAACUUUGAUCCCAACUACCCAGAGUCCCCUCUGCAAGGCCGAGUCAGCUUCACAAACAGUUCUCCAGACUUGAAAACCCCUUCCAUCCAGAUAACUGAUGUCCGGAUGACAGACGAGGGGAAGUACAUCUGCGAGUACGCUACCUACCCGAGAGGCAACGAGCAGGGCAUCACCUUCCUGAUCAUGCUGGCAAAGCCUCAGAACUCGGCCACGGCCGUGUCCGUGGUGGCCGGCACUAAGCCGGUGGUGGUGGCGCGCUGCGAGUCUGCCGACGGCCGCCCCGCCGCCAAGCUGAAAUGGGUGACCACAGCCAACGGAAACGAGACACUCGCGGAGAAGCCGGGGGCCGAAAACACGGUGACGGUGACCAGCGAGUACCGCAUGAUUCCCACGGCGGCCGACAACGGGAAAGACAUCAGCUGUGUGGUGAAUCACAGGACCCAAGUCAAAGACGAGAGCUUCCAAAUGAAGCUGGCCAUUCAGUAUCCCCCACAGGUCAGAAUUGUCGGUUAUGACAAUAACUGGUAUGUUGGACGUACAAAUGUAAUGCUCACCUGCGAGGCUGCAGCAAACCCUCCUCCGUUCAGUGUCAACUGGAAGACCAUGUCGGGCAUGGAGAUGCCGGAAACGGUGCAACUUAAAGACAACGUGUUGAAGGUGCUGAAGGUGGACGAGUCCGUGAACACCACUUUUGUCUGUGAGGUCGCGAACCGCAUCGGGACCACAAAGGAGCAAGUUACAGUCCUAGUCAGAGAGCCCCUACAGAACCCAUCCGACCCUGGCCCGGUGGCGAUAAUUGUGAUUUGCACCCUGCUGGGCCUUCUUUUGGUCGGCGCUCUCGUCGCGGUGCUCGUCACCCUUAGACGCAGGCAGCAGCAGGGUUACCGCGCCAAUGGCGGCAGCGACAUGAAGACGCGCAUAUUUGGAGGCGGAAAGAAGGCCAGCAAGAACGGCACGGGCGGAGGCACGGGAGGCGGAAUCAUCGGAGGAGGGGCGAACAACAACGGCCCCAUCUACGUUUACAGCGAGGGCUCGUCCCACCCAAGCCUCGGAGAGAAAAACAACCACCACCAGCCGCUCACCGUGGGGGGCCGGCCCGAAGUGGUCGCCACUACACCCACCGCCCAAGACAUCCUGCUAAGCAGUGAAUUAGAUGACGCAGAAAGGAGGAAGUUUGAUGAGCUGGAGGAGGAGGAGAGGUAUGACCACUUCGGCGGAGGCGGCCCAAUCCUUCAGCUUCGCCCGCCGCACGACCAGAGCGGUAUGAUCGGAGAUUACAUGGAUGAUGACAUGGAGUCCCAGAAGGACGGCUCGGUCAUCUCUCGGACUGCAGUUUACGUAUAGACGAGGAGGAGGCGGAGGAGGAGGAGGUGGUGGAGGAGGAGGAGGAGCAAAAAAGAGGAGAAAAAUGAAGGGUCGAUGGAAAAUUCCUCCUGAGGAUAUUGUGGCUCCAGGGUGGUGUCCCUGUCUGUUAGAGAAAAGAAAAUGAUACAGUAAAACCACUUUUAUUUUUUCAAAUUGAUUUUAAACCUAGCCUAUUAUUAAUCACAGUGCAGCCCCCAAUCGGACUGAAUGAAAAGGACGCUUUCUGGUGGGGUCUUGUAAAAGGAGUGUUGCCAUUAUCUGGUCUCUACAAACUGAAAAUCAAAGAGAAAAGAACAACCUGCCUCCCACCGCUUCUGCUCACUCUCACUUUCACUGGGACCUUGACUCUUGACAGACUAAAAGAGAAAUUAUAAAGCGUGGGAGUAAAGUAAUGGAAUCAUGAUACAAGCUUGGCUAUAGAGGAAGCCGCUCACUUGCAUAUUCACUCUUAUCUUCUCCGAAACAGUACAAGUGGAAGAGGUUGUCCAACAGUUGCCUGCCGUGCUCAGCUGUCUCUUGGGAAACCCUUUUUGUUUUGGUACUGUGUGGUGCUGUGACAUCCCGUGGGUAAUAUUGAUGAAUCCAGAGGCAGUGAUUUAGAGACCUAACCAUCAGGUGAUGUAGAGACUGGCAGGCGCUGUAUUUGCUCAUGUCCACCGGUGAGUUCUUCUUUCCGCUCUAUCAAGCUUUGCUCUCAAACUGAAAAAAAAAAUAAACAUCUCUGCAAACUGUGGGUAGAUUUGAGGUGAGGAAAAUUCAGAGAGCAAGAGGUCGUUAUGUGCUGCACAAAUACAAACGCAGCCGAAUUAAACAAAAGAAAGUUUGCCGAGUGAUGGAGCCAAGUUCUUAACGAGGUGUUCACAUGCAAACUUCUGAACAGUGCCUGGAGGAGGUAGACGGUAAACAAGAGAUGGGGGAAUGAGGUGCAGCCGAUCUGACAGGGUCAAGGGAUGGAGAGGGGGAUGCGGGGUUGGGGGGGAGAAAGACGGGAUGGGAACACGUCUUUUCUUUUCUCUUCUUCCUCAUCCUCGUCUCUUCAGAGCGCACCUGACAAGAGGAGCUUGAUUGGUAAUGAGCCGUGAAGUCGCUCGCUUAGCCGGGACCAACAGAUUGCCACCACUUAUCGUUUAUGACGUGGCGAUCCCCCCCCCCCACUCCGCCACCUCUGUCUCUCUGUCACCCCUCUGUCUCACCCUCUCUUCCUCCAUUCAUCCCUCUCUCCGGUGUUUAUGGGGAGUUUAUGAUUUAUCCAGGCCAGUGUCGAGGUCAGGGCUACCAAGAGCAGGGGAGUAUUUUACUGCUCCUGAUGUGUCAAACGGCCCACUUACUCUACUCCAGACUGGCCUGCUCUGACAUGCCAGCACUGACUAAUCCACCUGGAGUGGCCGGGCUCACUCCGCUGCACAGACACCCGCCGCCUCCUCCCAUGCUGUUGUAAAUGGCCGAAUGUAAUGGAACCCCCCACUUUCAGAGUACAACAGUUUUAGAUGAGAGCAUAUGAUAUUUCUUCCCAUUAGUGGAUGUGGUUAAAUGUAGUAAAUUGAUCGGGAGACGUAAAAGGUAGCAUCUACAGCAAAGCGAUGGGAGUCAUAUUGACUAACAGGCAACAUGCAGUGAAAUGGCGGUUUUAUGAUGCAGGUUCAGGGAUGAUUGUCUCCUGACUGUUAAUUUAUCCUUUUAAUGAGCCACUGGAGGCCCACUCAGGCAAAUAUUGCUCCAUGGCUACUGUAUGCUGCUGUCUCGGAGGCUCUGUGUAUACAUUUGGAUGCGUCACUGUCUCUGCGUAGCCACUGGGUGACUGUGACGGACAAUCGCUGAGCGAAGCCCCACGGAAGCUCCUCUAAUCAUGAUUUUCCUGGCCUUCAAAUCAGCUCCCCUUCUGACCCACCGGGAAUCCAGUGAGCACAGCCUGGAUGACUGUCAUGACCUCUCGUAAAGGGCCACCUGAGAUCUGGGUUGGCGUUGGCUGCAGGUCAUAAGGUCAAGCAAAGAGCGAUCUAAUGCCAAGGGCAGAGACGACGCCGCUCGCCCCGUCUUUUCUUAUCCUGCCUGUUUUUAACCUUGAACCACAGACGCGAGAGAAACACUUGCAUACAGUUAAGAGUAUCUGUGCAGGGCGAAACGGCUCCUGCGAUGGCUGUUCACCUUCAGAGAGGAGGAGAGAGAGGAGAGACACACAGGAGGCAGACCACAAAAAAUAGAGACGGUGUUUAAGCAUUUGAGCGCCGUCUGGCAUAUUGUAAGCCAGUGUGUUCAAUAGGAUUAUCGUCUAAUGGCCUUAGCUUAUACAUAAAAGCAACUCCUGUCAACCUGGGGUACAGUAAAUUUACUGAACACAGCUGAUUUGUCACAACCACUCGAUAUAAAAAUGUAUUACUUAUUUUUGCACUUGUGUGUUUGUGUGUGUGAGUGUGUCACUGCUACGCAGAGAAAAUGGAGCAUAGUACUGGGGGUGAAAAAAAAAAAACUGAUAAGGGACUAAACUGUUGUAUGUACAUUUUGGUGCGGUAUCUGUGUACUAUAUAUGUAAGCAUCUUUAUUUUUCUUGUGAAAAAUGUGGAUAUUUAUGAAAAUGUAAAUAUCAGGUCGACGGCGCCAGUGUUGUGUAAGUACAGACAAAAUGGCAUUCUGGGUUGACUGAAGUUCAAUGUCUUUGAGGGCUUUCAGAAUGUAAUUUCUAACCUUGUGAGUACCUCGGUACUUCAGGUGUUACGGCAUACUAAACUAGCCGAGCUUGGUUUACCGAAAGUCGAAGAAUCAGUUUGACUUGGGGGAAAUUAUAUAGGCUAAUUUU